CUCAAAGUGUUGAUCUCAUAUCAGCGAGCUGUGGAAUGGAGAGCCCAUCUCUACUACGGCUGCUCUUGCUGACCGUGUCUCUGUGCUGCAGGCCCAACAAAGCCUCCCUGACUCUCAGGCCCAGCACAGCUCAGCUGUUGUAUGCUGAGUCUCUUUAUCUGAGCUGUGAGGAAGAUUCUGCUGGAUGGAUGGUGAAGAGGAACACGACCACAGAAAACAUGACAGAGUGUGGAGACACCUGGGGAAGACCAGAAGCUUCCUCCUGUGUGAUCAGUUACACUCUCUCAAAAGACAGUGGAGUUUACUGGUGUGAGUCCAGAGAGGGAGCAACCAGCAACACCGUCAACAUCACCAUCACUGAGGGUGAUGUGAUCCUGCAGAGUCCUGUCCUUCCUGUGAUGGAGGGAGCUGCUGUGACUCUGAACUGUACAACCAGGACUCCCUCCAACCUCCCAGCUGAUUUCUAUAAAGAUGGCUUCCUCAUCAGGACUGAGUCUACAGGACAGAUGACCAUCCACCCUGUUUCCAAGUCUGAUGAAGGCCUCUACCACUGCAACAUCUCUGGUUAUGGACCGUCUCCACCCAGCCGGCUGGCUGUGGCAGGUGAGCCAGUUUCUCUGACAUGA